GGGGCUUCGGCUCGGAAACGCUUCCCUGUCUGCUUGCUGUUGCGCCAUAGUGGAGCCUCGAAGCAAUAUGGCUGCCUCUUUAGCAAAUGAGAAAUGUUACGUGCGUCGAACUUCUUUCCUGGUGGUGUUCGCGUGAAUCUUCGCUACUGACGAUCUCCUGCCGAGCGUGACACCAUUUUCCGGACGUCAGUACAGGAUCGACUAUAUCCUUGUUGCCAGGAUGAGAAAGGACGUUCAGUACAGAGACCUGCCCGGAGGCCCUUUAAUGGUCAAAUUCGCCGACGAGCUGCCGCUGUGCACGCUGUGUUCGAAAUGUGGCAUGCUCUCGAAGGAUAUGUUCGAGGAUCCUUCGUCGCACGCGUUCUGCAGCGUAUGCAUCUUCGAGUGCAGCGACCGCAAGAAAAUACACUGCAAAUACGAGAACAAGGACGUUUCAGUCGACGAGAUGAUGCCCGCAAUCGACAUAUUAAAUAUCGUCAUGGAUCAAGUGGUUUACUGUCCAAGCGCGAAAGACGGCGACUCCUGCUCUGAACAUUGCGCUUUGAAAGACUUGGAGGAACAUAUACUGAAAUGUGAGAAAACGGAAGUCAUCUGCCUGUCCUGCGGUGAUGCAGUGAAAGGCGUUGAUUGGCAAGGCCACGUUACUUCAUGCCCACAACAAAUUCUGCAGUGCCGUCACUGCGUUGUGGCAGUUCCUCGUUGGAGGCUGGAGCAACACGAACGUGUCUGCAGCUCCAAUCCAAACGCUGUCCGAGAAGUGGAGUCAUGCCCGGCAACGACUGUGGAUUCUAAUGCACGCUCCUACAGCGACUCGGACCCAAAUCACGAAGGGCUUUCGGUUUCCGGGAGCAGGAACAAUCAUCGUAAAAUGCCUGGAGCCAUGGUUAAAGUGCGUGCCAACACAGAGGUCGUCUACACGAAUACGCCAUGUGCGGUCAGUAACGUCGAUGAUGUUGCCAUCCAGAGCUGUCCAUUAUGCAAACGCAAUGUGAAAAGAAUAAAUAUGCCAAAGCACUUUAAUAUUUGUCAACAACGGAUGCCUCGCCCGGAUUCUCCCGGAGCCAGUCGAACACCAGGAAUGGUAGUCGCGCGUCUGACGAAAGAAACUGUCCCGACCAAAGAGCUAGCACAGCAAUAUCCUGAGAACCCACACCAAGACUACAAUCGCCCUGAAUUACACAACGUGCCAAUGCCACCAGGACAACGACCUGAUGAACAUCUUUCCUGUAAGGUUCCUGUGUAA